CCGCCUCACGCCCCGAACGCAUGCGCAGUGGAAGGGGACUACGACUCCCGCCGGGCCCCGCGCGCGCCCUCCCGGAAGUGGUCGUUCGGCUCGUGUCAGACCUCGGCGCUGGGGGCGGGCGCGCCGGCUGCUCCGGGGAAGGGGCGGGAGCGAGGACCCGAUGCGGGGUGGAGGAGGCCGCGAUGGCUUCGGCUGGAGGCGGCGACUGCGAGGGUGCUGCGCUGGAGGCCGACCGUCCCCACCAGCGGCCCUUCCUGAUUGGGGUGAGCGGCGGCACUGCGAGCGGGAAGUCAACUGUGUGUGAGAAGAUUAUGGAGCUGCUGGGACAGAACGAGGUGGACCACCGGCAGCGCAAGCUUGUCAUUCUGAGCCAGGACAGGUUCUACAAGGUCCUGACUGCGGAGCAGAAGGCCAAGGCCUUGAAGGGGCAGUACAAUUUUGACCACCCAGAUGCUUUUGAUAAUGAUUUGAUGCAUAGGACUCUGAAAAACAUCGUGGAGGGCAAAACUGUUGAAGUCCCCACCUAUGAUUUUGUGACCCACUCAAGGUUAUCAGAGACCACAGUGGUCUACCCUGCAGACGUGGUCCUAUUUGAGGGCAUCUUGGUGUUCUAUAGCCAGGAGAUCCGGGACAUGUUUCACCUGCGCCUCUUCGUGGACACAGACUCUGAUGUCAGGCUGUCACGGAGAGUUCUCCGGGAUGUGCACCGGGGGAGGGACCUGGAGCAGAUUCUGACCCAGUACACGACCUUUGUCAAGCCAGCCUUCGAGGAAUUCUGCCUGCCGACAAAGAAGUAUGCUGAUGUGAUCAUCCCACGUGGGGUUGACAACAUGGUGGCCAUCAACCUGAUUGUCCAGCACAUCCAGGACAUCCUCAACGGCGACAUCUGCAAAUGGCACCGAGGAGGGUCCAAUGGGCGGAGCUACAAGAGGACCUUUUCUGAGCCAGGAGACCAUUCUGGGAUGCUGACCUCUGGCAAACGGUCACACUUGGAGUCCAGCAGCAGACCCCACUGAGGGGUGCUUGGGUACUAUUCCCUGAGCCUCCUGGGGGACAGAAAUAUAUAUUCAGGGACUAGGCCUGGAGAUGCCUCCUGCCCCUGGGAAACACACUCAUUGCUUCCUCUCGGUGUACAUCCGAGAGCAGCAUUAGGACCAAGGCCUCCCUUUUGAGUGGAAACCCAGACAUGUCAUUCAAAUCGAAUCUGCUGAGAUAUUGACAGGGCGUUCCUGAAGUUUCCACCUGCUUCCUCAGGUUUCAGGUUUAAAAACUACUUGGGCCACUGAGAAAUGCCACAGAAUGUACAGUAAACCUGUUUGCUUUGCAAGGGACGCAAGUCGCAUGUUGUUGGGGAAACCAAGAUAAUAGCUUAGGUACCAUGGCUGGCCUGGUGGUGUUUCAGGUGAACCCAGAGAUAGGUUUUCUAGUUGGAUGUGGUUCACAUGUACAUGUAACUAAAAUGUUUUAUCAGAGAAUUUUUUCCUUUUUUACGUGUUACAUGUCUUAAUGUUUUCUAUUUUAUUCUGUAUCAUAGCACAAGGCUGGUUGUGACCUAUGAGCCUAAUUUCAUGGUUGCCAUCAAGAGUGGCAAACACUGAUGUGAGAAGCCAUAGCAAGAUGGCUCCCUCCUCCUCCCCUGUGUGUCAAUGGCAGAGAAGAGGCAGGGCUCCUGCGGUCCAGGCCCCAGGAGCCUGUGCAGUGUGAGGGCAGCAGUCAGGUCUCCUGGCGGGAGCCAAUGGCGGCUGAGCAGUCCUACCUGGGGCCAAGCCCUCCCACCCACCAGUAGGAGUUCCACACCAAGGUGCUGUGUGGACGGGCUGUCCCCAGUGUGGCUCACACCCACACCCAGGGCAUGUGCCAGGUCUAGUGAGCAUGGCUACUUGUGGUUGGCCGGACUCCCUCACACCAGCCCUGAGCUCACAGUCCUUACAGAUGAUCUCCUGUGUCUGUGUUCAAGUUUGUCUUCUCUCCCACAUGAUGGCUGUUUCUGUAAAGUAUCUUUUGUCAUUGUCACCAGCCAAACUGCACAGGCAGCUCUGAGCUUCUUUCUGUCCAGUGUAACUCAUAGUUAUGCAGACUUGAGCUGAGGUGAGCUCCAGAGUUGGUUUCUGAAACUGUUAACAGUUUUGUCAAGCAUAGACCCUUUUGGAGAGGAACCAAUAAAUAACAGCAAAUACGAACGCUAA